CGCGCUGCUGCCGGAGGUCCGCGGGAGCCGGAGCCUGACUCCGGCACUCGGAGCGCGGCGCCGGCGCCAGGACCGCGAGCAGCGGCUCCUGGGCUGAUCCCAGAGUUCUCGCAGCCUUUCUGCCGGAGCCCGGCGUCAUCCCCGUGCCCAGGAAGGAAGCUGCAUUUGGAACGCUGUGCUGAGCAGAGGUUUGAAUCGUUCCAGCUGGCUGCUCGCUCUGAAAGGACAGGCUGGGUACAAAUGAGAUGUGACUGCGCCGGUGGAGUUCAGUGACUGGGGCCGGAGCAAGAGGAGCCUCCCUGGGAUGUUGCUGAGAGCUGCUGGCAGCUGAGAACUCUGCCUGGUUCACCUGGAGCCCUGUGAAGAGCUUUGAAUAGCAGGAGUCUCUUUGCUGCACACCAGGAAAGAAAUUCUUCUCUAGAUAAUGUUAAGAGUCCUCUUCAUUGAUUAUUGGCAGCUGCUGCUCUGUGAGAAAACCUCUUCCAAUUUGUCUUUCCCGAUCCUUUGACUUCCCGCUCUGACAGCCUUACAGCCUCCCCAAACGCCUCAUAAAUGCACUGCAAUGGUCACAUGAACACCUCGGAAAGGGAACUUCUGCAACUCCUCAUUCCCAUGGCACAUUAGGAGGAGCACCUGGAAGAGUGCUAAGUCCAGCAGGAACUGGAAGCCCUGCCAAAGAUGAAUCUCAUCUGGAAGCUCCACAGAAGCUUCCGAAUGCUGGUCAUUCUCCUGGCCACCUUCUGCUUGGCAAGUAUUGUCGUCUCCGCCUAUUUCCUCUACACUAGCUACAAGCAGGAAAUGGCCCUCGUGGAAACCACUGGGCAAGCAGAGUGCGAGGACCUCAAACUUCUGCCCUACAGGUCUGUGGAGCUGAGAACACCUAAGCCAAUUGAUCCCUCUAGGACUGAUCCCACCGUGCUCCUGUUCAUGGAAAGCCAGUACUCCCAGCUGGGGCAAGACAUCGUAGCCAUCCUCGAGUCCAGCAAGUUUCAGUACCACAUGGUCAUUGCACCAGCCAAGGAGGACAUUCCCCCUCUCACAGACAACGGGAGAGGGAAGUACACCAUCGUUAUAUACGAGAAUAUUUUAAAGUAUGUGUCCAUGGACUCGUGGAAUAGAGAGCUUCUGGAAAAAUACUGUGUGGAAUACAGUGCUAGCAUAAUUGGUUUUCAUAAAGCCAACGAGAACAGCUCCCCCAGCAGCAGGCUGAAAGGGCUGCCCUUGCAGCUGUACAACAACGUGGCCCUGCGAGACUGCGUGGUGAACCCUCGCUCGCCCCUGCUGCGCAUCACCAAAGCGCCCAGGCUGGAGCAGGGACCCCUGCCCGGCCAGGACUGGACGGUGUUCCAGUUCAACCACUCCACCUACCAGCCCGUGCUGCUGGGCGAGCUGCAGCCUGCCAGGCCCACCCCGGCCUCGCUGCCCCGCGCCGCUCUCCAUGCGACCGUCAUCCAGGACCUGGGCCUGCACGAUGGCAUCCAGAGAGUCCUCUUUGGGAACAACCUGACCUUCUGGCUCCACAAGCUCAUCUUCAUCGACGCCAUCUCCUUCCUGUCGGGGAAGAAGCUGACGCUCUCCUUGGAGAGGUACAUUCUGGUGGACAUCGACGACAUCUUCGUGGGGAAGGAGGGGACGAGGAUGAACGUCAACGAUGUGAAGUUUUCUGGCGACCGCGGCAGGACUCCGAGGGCUGCUGGGGCGGUUCGCGUCCCGAUCCACUCCAAGCCGGCACCGAGCACUUCUCGGGGAGUCAUCGGUCGUGCCCGACCCCCUGCGCCUGUCGGACAAACUGCAUUAAGAAAUACGUUACAGUGGAAUAGACCGCUCACGCUGGAGAAUUCUGUCCACGACAUCCAGCCUGGGGACCCGGUGUACGUCAAGAAGUGGAUCACGGAUCCGCUACGGGAAUCAUGGAGCGGACCCCACCAGGUGAUGAUGACGACCUACACGGCGGUGAAGGUCCAGGGGAUGGAUGCUUGGAUCCAUUACACCAGGGUAAAGAAGGCACCGUUCCAGUGGGAAACCCAGAUAGUGUCUCCAACCCGGAUGAUCUUCCGCGCAAAGCCGCCUUCUUAAUUAUAUUACUGCUAGUGAUCAUGAGACUAGUACCCGUUCAAGGGUCUACUCUAGUACAGGUUGAAGAAACAAAGGUUACAGUCAUGGAAGGGAUGGAUGUUCAAUUAACUUGUGUUAUCUUUGACAGCCAGAAAGUUGAGGCCGGUGAAGUUAUUGCAAUAUGGCAACGGGGGGCUGAAAGAAGCCGAGGCAAGAUAGGAGUCGGUUGGGAUCAGGAUAAACAACAAGGAAACACGGUACUGAAUCUUACCAAGAUGUCUCUUAGGUGUGAUCGAAAAGGAAAAGAGGCGAUCUCUCCGGUUGCUGAAGGCGAUGACCCGUGGGCGGCAGAAUGAAGAACAUUCCCCACCUCGUUAUGAAGAUGUUACUGUCAAUACUGUUGAUUGAGCAUCCUUGCAGCAGGACUGAAGGAUCCUCAAAAGGGGGGAAAUGUUGGAAAAGAAAUGAAAUUUAGCAAAAUAUUUAAUUAUAGUGAGUUGUGUGUGAACUGGUUUGUUAAAAAGCAGUUUUGUAGCCGUUGAAAAGUGUGUUGAGUUUUGUGUGUAACCUAGCAGGUAGUCUUAGGGAUUUAAUAAAUAAUUAAACUAGUGCAAGAAAGUAAGAAUGCUAACCUGUCUAGAGGCAGCAUACAAUGCUCUUAGAAUAAGAUAAGCAGAGGAUUAAUGAUCUUGUUUGUGAACCAAGGAAUGUAUCACAAGGGGUCUGUGACCAGGCAAGGGGAACGGGGAACUGUUUCUUGGAGGCUAGGCAAGGGGAACGGGGAAAAUGUUCCUUGGAGACUUUGUUGUGAAUCGCAUGUAUAAGAGGGAAGCACCCAUACGUGAAUUUGGGGGCUCGGACUUUGGGACGUGAGUCCCCCAGUUCCCCGGGCCCUUAAUAAAGCACCCACAAAACUUA